GUGACGGUUUUCCCACACUCUGGCAAGGCAAAGUUACGUCUUGCUUCCAUGGAACAAUUGGACUCAUUCCGAAUGAAUAAAUUGCCGCAGCUUUCGAGUUUCCAACACCAAAAUGGCUGCAUCACAGGUUAUACUUGUGGCGAUAAUCGGGCUGGCGCUCACUAGCGUAAUAGAAGGCAAGCCACCGAAGAAAAUAGUAAACGGCUCGGACGCCAAGAUCACCGACUUCCCCAUAAUAGCUUCCAUCCAACGAUUUGGGAUUCAUUGGUGCGGAGCAGUUUUCAUAACACAGCGUCAUCUUCUUACGGCGGCUCACUGUCUGGCGGAUUACGGAACGGGACCUGUAAGAUUGCAUGACAAAUCCGGGAUGUCGGUAGUGUCGGGAACUAGUAACCACAAUUAUCCGAAAUAUAUAAGUGGAAUUGAAAGAAUGGAUAUCUAUCCAGGUUUUACAGGAGAGCUGCCGGAUUUUUUGCAUGAUAUAGGAAUAGUAACGCUGGCGCACGAUGUAACUAUUGACGAAACACAAAAUGUCAUCGGGCUGCCAUCUUCUGACGUUCAUGCGGGCAUUUACGGAACAUCGUUAGGGUGGGGGUAUACAUCGCAAAAUUCUAGCGUCGCUUCAGAUGUUCUCAAGAAGACGCCAAUGAUAACCUUGAACAACCAUGAGUGCAAUCAAAGAACUCCAACGAAUAUUUACGGGGGUCAGUUUUGCGGGUAUUACAGUCAGGACAGUGGAAUUUGUCAUGGUGACAGUGGCGGACCUAUGAUUUACAACAAUUCAGUAAUAGGUGUUAUUUCAAUGAGCUGGGGGUGUGGUGGGGGAUAUCCGGAUGUUUAUACCCGUGUUUACACCUACUUGUCGUGGAUUUAUGGGAUCAUCAGGAGUUAUUGAUGACUUUUGAUAGUUUUUGGCUACUGAAAUAUUGAAUUUGAAAUGU